UCGCCGUCAUCUGUGACAGUCAGUGAUGGCUGAUGGGGCGUCUGGAAGUAAUGGAACCUGCCACUAUGCCGUUCUGAAUGUCGAAGACAAACAACACAAUAAUGAAGGUUCCUGCAUCUCUGUCUCCGCCCCUUUCUCGCGGAAGUUGGUGGCGGAAUCCGCGGGGACAUUUUUUCUGAUGUUUGGCGGAGAAGCAUCGGAGGUGUUGGACGAGGGGUACGGCAACAAAUUAUCGCUUCCUGGGAUUGCUGUAGUUUGGGGUCUCGCCGUUCCGGUUCUUGUCUGCGCCGUCCGUCAUAUCUACGGUGCCGAUUUCAAUCCGGCCGUCACUCUCGCCUUUGCUGCUACGGGACGAUUUCCCCUCAACAGGUACUACCAGCUUGUAUUAAUCAGGUGGUGGCAUCCAUAUUGCGAGUGGGACACUGAGACUCGUUUUCACAGGAAGCCAUGGCCACUUGGCAGGAGCACAACUCUCUGGGACGCAUCUUCAAGGUUUUGCGGUUGAGUUCAUCACCACCCUCUACAUCAUGCUUGUUGAGUUUUCUACCAGUGGUUUGGCCCCUGAUAAAAGGCUGAUGGGUCAGGUGGCUGGUCUGGCGGUAGGGUAUACCAUGUUGCUUAAUGUGACGUUUGC